AUGUUAUCUUCUUUAAAUGACGAUUCGAACGCGCUGGUGUUUACAGAGGGACAGCUGACUGGAAGCCCUCCUCGCGACUCAGGACUCGCCGGAUCUUGCCAGAGUGAUUUGCAACCUUGGAGGAUGAAGACCAGCGGCGAUUUCCGGGACCACCUCGUCGACCUCACCGACGACGGCACCAGACAGAACGACCAGAAUGCAGAGCGGCAUCCCCAGAGGAAGAACACACCUGGACGAAUGAGACUUGAAAAAUGGCUACACUCAUCCAUGAAAAUUGAGAUGACAGAUGGCCGCACUCUCGUAGGCUCCUUUGUAUGCACUGACCGCAAUAACAACAUCAUCCUUGGGUCUUGUACAGAGCACCUUAGACCCGAUGAGGACGGCCGAGAGGAGGAACCCCGAGUGCUAGGCCUCGCCAUGAUUCCCGGAAGACACAUCAUCUCCAUCUGUAUUGAUGAGGCUUCUCAGCCCCCCCAGCCACCCAGUAGUAUGUACACCUAGCAUAACAUUCACUGCUGUGGGCGGCUGGCUGGGUAGGGGCUGAAUUACACGAGUGUUUAGGGUCUGGAAGGAAACAGUUGGAAGGAAGAUACAGAGCAUGUAGCAGCAUGCAGUCUGUCAGAGAAGGCUCAAAGUUAAUUGCAAUUCAACAGCAGUCGUCUGUGGCCUUUGUAAAUGUGAUUCCGUGUUUGAUGUUGAGAGACGCUGAGAAAAUGUCCCCAGAUUUUGGAUAUUUUACGAGUAUCAUGGUUGGAAAGUUGCAGUCCACACACUUUGAUAAUGCCAUCACUGAUGCGCACCAUUGCUUUUCACUGGUAUUACAGGAGAUCUAGUCACCGUCAUAACUUCUCCAAGUGGCAUUGACAUAGGAAAAGAAGUUUUUAUUAUUUAUUAAACUUUGUGACUGACUCACCGUGAGAAAAAUAAUCUGAUUGAUGGUUCCAAAGGAAAGGAUUUCCAUGACAGUCACGUAAUAUUCUUUAUAGUGUGGUUUUGUUAAAGUGAUAAGAUUAAGCUGAUGUCAACAGAUAUACUACCUGUGACUCCUGUUUUGACACUUUGAUGUAAGAUUUUAUGAUCAAUAAAUCAUUAUAAGAAAAAGUU